AGUACGGAGGAAAACCGGCGGAGAGCGCUGGAGGAAACUGUACGGGCUGGGGGCCGGACUUGCAGGAGCCCGGGACUGCCUGGGGCGGGGACUGGGGCGGGGCUUGGGGGCGACUGCUAGCAGGGCGGGUGGGGCCUGGGACACUGAGCGGUGGGCUUUGGAGAGCCCCUGGCUGACUCUACCUCGUCGCUUGGACUCUUCGGCUUCCGCCCUGGAGCAAGUCCCGGAAGCUGGGCGGCCAUGGAGUCCACGCUGGGCGCCGGCAUCGUGAUAGCCGAGGCGCUGCAGAACCAGCUAGCCUGGCUAGAGAACGUGUGGCUCUGGGUCACCUUUCUGGGCGAUCCUAAGAUCCUCUUUCUGUUCUACUUCCCCGCGGCCUACUACGCCUCUCGCCGUGUGGGCAUCGCGGUGCUCUGGAUCAGCCUCAUCACCGAGUGGCUCAACCUCGUCUUCAAGUGGUUUCUGUUUGGAGACAGGCCCUUUUGGUGGGUCCAUGAGUCUGGGUACUACAGCCAGGCUCCAGUCCAGGUUCACCAGUUCCCCUCUUCUUGUGAGACUGGUCCAGGCAGCCCUUCUGGACACUGCAUGGUCACAGGAGCAGCCCUUUGGCCCAUAAUGACAGCCCUCUCUUCACAGUUGGCCACUCGGACCCACAGCCGCUGGGUAAGGGUGAUGCCUACCCUGGCUUAUUGCACAUUCCUUUUGGCGGUUGGCCUGUCGCGGGUCUUCAUCUUAGCACAUUUUCCUCACCAGGUGCUGGCUGGCCUAAUAACUGGCGCUGUCCUGGGCUGGCUGAUGACUCCCCGGGUGCCUGUGGAGCGGGAGCUGAGCUUCUAUGGGUUGACUGCACUGGCCCUCAUGCUAGGGACCAGCCUCAUCUAUUGGACCCUCUUUACGCUGGGCCUGGAUCUUUCUUGGACUCUUCUUCCCCACAGGUCCAUCAGCCUAGCCUUCAAGUGGUGUGAGCGGCCUGAGUGGAUACAUGUGGAUAGCCGGCCUUUUGCCUCCUUGAGCCGUGACUCAGGGGCUGCCCUGGGCCUGGGCAUUGCUCUGCACUCUCCCUGCUAUGCGCAGGUGCGUCGGGCACAGCUGGGAAAUGGCCAGAAGGUAGCCUGCCUUGUGCUGGCCAUGGGGCUACUGGGCCCCCUGGACUGGCUGGGCCACCCCCCUCAGAUCAGCCUCUUCUACAUCUUCAAUUUCCUCAAGUACACCCUCUGGCCAUGCCUAGUCCUGGCCCUCGUGCCCUGGGUAGUGCACAUGUUCAGUGCCCAGGAAGCAGCACCCAUCCACUCUUCCUGACUUCUUGUGUGUCUGCUUCUUUCCUUUUUCUCCCACUAAGCCAACACUCUGUGACUACCACACUCCGGGAGGCAGCCCCAUGCUCUUCCAGCCCCCAAGCAGGCCCUCCUCUAAAUCUGCUUUCCUACCACCUGGUCUUAGCCCCAAAGAUGGACCUUCUCUCUCCUAGAGAAGCUGGUCCUCCCUCUUCCUUUCCUCUCAAGCCCCCAAAGAGCAAAGGCAACAGCAAGACCAGCGGGUUCCUGCAACACUGUGAAGGGCAGCUGGGGCAGCCCCAAUAAAGCCCUCGAAUACUC